GUGGUGACUCCAAGGAUUGACAGAUCUCUUGCCGUAUACCGGCAUAUCAUCCAUAAGAACGCCGUUCUCAUAGUACCUAGAAGCGCAGAAGAUCCAUCAGCGAAAGGAAGUAAAAAUUAAUGUCAUUAUACGCCACGUUAAACUUAAUAGGAUUAAUCUUUAUCUGUUUUUUAAAUAUUCCAGCUUUUCCUUGAGUAAAAUUUGUUAUAAUUCAUUAUUUCAUUGUACUUCUUGUCUCAAGUUAAGACACUGUUUCAACGCCUAUAUAGUGACAUUUCCGUUCUGCAAAAAUUGACUUUAACUAUUGCCCUACACUAAUCGAUAAUAUCAGAAAGAUUAAAAGACGAUGUGAUUUAUGAUAUCUUUCACGCAUCCAAAAACGAACUUUCUUCAACUUGCUUAGCCUCGAUAUUGUCGGCUAUACAUAUAUAGAAUGCUUUUAGUUUUACACAGCGAAUUGUUUGGGCAUUCUGUAGUUCAUGCGAGGGUUGCCUGCGAAUCAAAGACGACUGUCUACGCGUACACCCACGCUCGUCGACAAGUGUGCGCUGCUAUACGGAGUGUAUUAGCAGGAUGCCAAUAGGCACUCCAGGCAAGUUCGUCGGCACUCAUGGGCGAAGGGGUAGCAGGCUACGCGGAGGGCACGGUGGGGUGUUUAGGAAAGGUGGUGCCCUGAUGAUAUAUGGAAACGUCACCGACAGACAUAUCGAGAGAAGGCCAGGAUGGCAUUGCCAGGGCGCGCACCGCGUUUUGUCGCCUUCGUAUUCGCUUCGUGGCGCCCCAUUCUCGUCUACUCCAUCUACGUGCAUAUCAGCCUGACCGGAAAUCCCGAUCGUCCGGCGUUGAUCUCAUCAAUGCCUCGGCUGGAUGCACGCAUCACAGCCAGACAUUCCGCAACGAUGAAGAAGUUCUCCGCAAACUAUUACGUCAAUCAACCGUUCCUUCCACGAGUUACUUUCCACACUGUUACUGACGUAAGCCAUUCGCAAUUAGCAGUUACGCUUACAGCGAUCCUUACUGUUUUCGCAGCAUGGAACUUCGUAUGACUUCACAGAAGUAUAAGAUUGUUACACAAGUUUAUGUGGCAAUUUAUUUCGUAAAAUUUAUCAUUGUACUACUUUCGCAGUUUUUAAAUCUCUA